AUGACAUCACUGCUACCGGACGGAAUCGGCAUACGGAUGAUGAGAUCUUCAGACAUGCUGCAAGUCCGUGCACUUCAUACCAAACUUCUCCCAGUCGCAUACCCCGCCGCAUUCUUUGUGCAGCUGCUCAUACAGCCGCAGCGCAUGUGUCUGAUAGCCACAUACGACGGCAAAGUCAUAGCAUUUGCCUCUGCUACCAUGGAAACACGGCAUUCAACGCCAGGGCCGCUUGGUUCGAGCGGGGAUCAGACUGGAGGAGGCGCCCUGCGGGUUACCUUGUUGACACUUGGGGUAUCGCCCGAGUUCCGACGACAAGGCAUUGCACGCAGACUCGUACAUGAAAUUGUGCAGCGCCUACGAUCGUCUUGCGGGGCCCCUUGUCAUGAAUCACCUCCCGCCUCAUCGCUCUCAGAGAGCGAUUCGACUGAUGCGGUGAUUAUAUCCGCAGAGGUUGCGCGCAACAAUUCGUCUGGACAAUCUUUUUACUCCCACCUCGGGAUGCAAAGACAACUAGAAGUGGAUAAGAGCGGAUUUGGUUCGAAGGCACACACGUGCAUGGUACUGGGGGUGAUGAGAACGAUUCCUGUUUCCUGA